CUGCUUUAACCCAAGCAAAUGGAGCUGAGAAUUUUUUCCAAGAAACACACCACAAACAUCUUUACUUAAUUCUGGGUUGAGAGAAUUUGCGGGCCCAUUUCAUGUUAACUAAAACAAGAACAGCAGCAAAACGCCCAGAACAUGACAUCAGCCACUGAUUUUGAUCAUUUGGAGAUUCAGCAGCAGUACAGCCGGAUCAACGCUCGCUGGGAAGCCUCUGACGAUGAGCUGGACAAUGACAACAGUUCUGCCAGGCUCUUUGAGAGAUCCCGGAUUAAAGCUCUGGCAGAUGAACGGGAAGGUGUACAGAAGAAAACUUUUACCAAAUGGGUGAACUCACACCUGGCACGUGUGACCUGUCGAAUUUCUGAUCUUUACAUGGACCUUAGAGAUGGGCGGAUGCUAAUCAAAUUGCUGGAGGUGCUUUCAGGAGAGCUACUGCCCAAGCCCACCAAGGGGCGUAUGCGAAUUCAUUGUCUUGAGAAUGUGGACAAGGCCCUGCAGUUCCUCAAGGAGCAGCGUGUGCAUCUGGAGAAUAUGGGGUCCCAUGACAUUGUGGACGGCAAUCACCGUUUGGUGCUGGGGCUCAUCUGGACAAUCAUCCUGCGCUUCCAGAUCCAGGACAUCAUUGUUCAGACUCAAGAAGGCCGGGAGACCCGUUCUGCAAAGGAUGCAUUGUUACUUUGGUGUCAAAUGAAAACUGCAGGAUAUCCUCAUGUUAAUGUCACCAAUUUCACCUCCAGCUGGAAGGAUGGUUUAGCUUUCAGUGCCCUUAUUCACAAGCACAGGCCUGACCUGAUUGACUUUGAGAAACUGAAGCACUCGAAUGCCAGGCACAACUUGGAGCAUGCUUUCAGUGUGGCAGAGAGGCAACUUGGCAUCACCCAGCUUCUUGACCCAGAAGAUGUCUUUACGGAGAAUCCAGAUGAGAAAUCCAUCAUCACCUACGUAGUUGCUUUCUACCACUAUUUCUCUAAAAUGAAGGUGCUUGCUGUGGAAGGGAAGAGAGUUGGAAAGGUAAUGGACCAUGCGAUGGAGACUGAAAAGAUGAUCGAUAAAUACAGCGGGUUGGCUUCAGACCUGCUGACGUGGAUAGAACAAACCAUUACCAGCCUCAACAGCCGCAGGUUCGCUAAUUCCCUGGCAGGCGUGCAGCAGCAGCUCCAGUCCUUCAGUACAUACCGCACGGUGGAAAAACCGCCCAAGUUUCAGGAGAAGGGGAACCUGGAAGUCCUGUUGUUUACCAUCCAGUCAAGAAUGCGGGCCAACAAUCAGAAAGUGUAUACUCCUAAUGAAGGAAAGCUAGUCUCUGACAUCAACAGGGCCUGGGAGAAGCUGGAGAAGGCAGAGCAUGAACGGGAACUAGCACUGAGAAAUGAGCUUAUUAGGCAGGAGAAGCUGGAGCAGCUUGCACGGCGCUUUGACCGCAAGGCAGCGAUGCGAGAGACGUGGCUCAGCGAAAACCAGCGCCUGGUUGCACAGGAUAACUUUGGAAAUGACUUGCCAGCAGUGGAGGCAGCAAAGAAGAAGCAUGAAGCCAUUGAAACGGACACGGCUGCCUACCAGGAACGUGUCCAGGCCAUAAAGGAGGUGGCCAAGGAGUUGGAGAUGGAGAAUUACCAUGACAUCAAGCGCAUCAAUGCUCGGAAGGACAACAUCCUGCGGCUUUGGGAGUACCUGCUGGAGCUGCUGCAGGCCCGGCGCCGGAGGCUGGAAACAAACCUGACACUGCAGCACCUGUUUCAAGACAUGCUGCACAGUAUUGACUGGAUAGAUGAGAUGAAAGCAAAACUGAAGUCUAAAGAAUUUGGGAAGCACCUGUUGGAAGUGGACGACCUCCUUCAGAAGCACAAGCUGAUGGAGGCUGACAUGGCCGUCCAGGCUGAGAAGGUCCAUGCAGUCAAUGCAGCUGCUCUUAAAUUUGCCAACGGAGAUGGCUAUCGGCCUUGUGACCCAAAGAUAAUAAGAGAUCGUGUGAACCACUUGGAGAUGUGCCAUCAAGAUCUAGUGGCUUUGGCUGCAAAGAGGAAAGCUUGCCUGGAGCAGUCCAAGCGUCUUUGGACGUUCUUUUGGGAACUGGACGAAGCUGAAAGCUGGAUCAAGGAGAAAGAGCAGAUCUAUUCCUCCCUGGAUUACGGGAAAGACCUGACCAGCAUUCUCAUCCUACAGAGAAAGCACAAGGCUUUUGAGGAUGAGCUGCGUGGCCUGGGAACCCGCCUGCAGCAAACCAUCAAAGAGGGCGAAACCCUGAUUGCUCAGAAGCAUUUUGGAGCACCCAAAAUCCACAGUAGGAUUGAGGACGUAAAAGCCCUAUGGGCCCAGCUGCAGGAAUUGGCGGCUUUCCGCAAGAAAAACUUGCACGACGCCGAGAGCUUCUUCCAGUUCCAGGUUGAUGCAGAUGACUUGAUGGCCUGGCUGCAGGAUGCCAAUCGCCUGGUGUCGAGUGAUGAUGUGGGGCAUGAUGAAUAUUCCACUCUAGCCCUGGUUAAAAAGCACAGGGACCUCUUAGAUGAAGUAGCAGACAACAAGACCGUCAUGGACAAUCUGAACAGGCAAGCCCAGAGCUUCCCCACAGAGUUCCGGGACGACCCAGGUUUUGAGAAUAGACUGAAGGCCAUCCAUGCCAUGUACACUGAGGUUGUGUCCCUGGCGGAUCUGCGCAAACAGAAGCUACAGGAUGCUCUUGACCUCUACACAGUUUUCAGUGAGACUGAUGCAUGUGAGCUUUGGAUGAGUGAGAAGGAGAAGUGGUUGGAGCAAAUGGAGAUUCCUGAUACCCUUGAAGAUCUGGAUGUUGUGCAGCACAGGUUUGAUAUUUUGGAGAAGGAAAUGAACAAUCUGUCCUCUCAGAUUCAAGGCGUCAAUAGAGCUGCUUUUGGCUUAAUAGAAAGUGGGCAUCCAUGCAGUGGGAAAGUGAGGCAGUGCCAAGAGCAUCUAAAUGCCAGGUGGAAGGUCUUCCAGGAGAUGGUAGCUCAGAGGCGGAGAGCUGUGGACUUUGCCCUUAGCCUCCACAAUUACUGCGUGGAUUGUGAGGAGACAAAGAAAUGGAUCCUAGAAAAAACCAAAGUCAUUGAAUCUACACAGGACCUCGGUAAAAACCUGGCAGGCAUGAUUGCAAUGCAGAGGAAGUUAUAUGGCAUUGAACGUGACCUAGCUGCCAUCCAAGCCCGGCUUGCAACCCUCCAGCAAGAAGCACACCGGCUUGCUGAAGAACAGCCUGACCUAGCUGAUGACAUCUACAGUCGACUGACAACUGUCACUGGAGUUUGGCUGGACCUGCAGAACACCCUGCAGAGUCAAGAGGCCUCCCUCGGAGAGGCCAGCAAAUUGCACAAGUUUUUACAGGACUUAGAUGACUUUCAGGCGUGGCUCUUCAAGGCACAGAAAGCUGUGGCUUCAGAGGAGGUGCCCAAUUCCCUGGUAGAAGCUGAGCACCUCCUUCAUCAGCAUGCUGCCAUUAAGGAAGAAAUUGAUCGACACAGGGAUGAUUACAGCAAUGUCAAGGAGAUAGGAAAUAGAGUGACUCAAGGGCAGACAGAUGUGGAGUAUCAGCAGCUGGAACAGCGGCUCCAGGGCAUGGAUACAGGCUGGAACGCCUUAUGCAAAAUGUGGGAUAGCAGGGAGAAAUUCCUCAACCAGUGUCUUGGCUUCCAGGAAUUCCUUAAAGAUGCAAAGCAAGUGGAAAUUAUCCUUACCAAUCAGGAAUAUACUCUGGCUCACAUCGAGCCCCCAGACACCUUGGAAGCAUCAGAAGCUGCUAUCCGAAAAUAUGAAGAUUUCCUUGCCACCAUGGAAGCAAAUGAGGAAAAAAUUACUGGGCUGGUGGGCAGUGGGAACAAGCUGGUGGCUGAAGGAAAUAUUUAUUCUGACAAAAUUAAGGAAAAAGUCCAGCUGAUUCAAGAGAGGUACAGAACAAAUUUCACAAAAUCUCAGGAGGCAUUUGUGUUGCUGAAGGACAAUCAUGACUUGCGGGAUUUCCUAAGGAAUUGCCUGGAGCUUACCGUCUGGAUUGAAGAGAAGUUGCUCACUGCUCAAGACGCAUCCUAUGACGAAGCACGGAAUUUGCACAGCAAGUGGCUGAAGCACCAGGCUUUUAUGGCAGAACUUGCUUCUAACCAGGGGUGGUUAGAGAAAGUAGAUGAAGAAGGGCAGCAGCUAGCAGAGCAGAAGCCCCAGUAUGAAGAUGUUGUUAGGCAGAGGCUAGCAGAGCUGCACCAACUUUGGGACAAGCUGCAGGAAACCACAGAGGAGAAGGCUCAGCAUCUGUUCGAUGCCAACCGCUCUGACCUUUAUGCCCAAAGCUACGCUGACCUGGGUGCAUGGAUCAGCGAGAUGGAGCAGCAGCUAAAAUCUGAUGUGCAGGGAAAAGAUCUCACCAGUGUCAACAUCCGACUGAAAAACCUGAAACGACUGGAAGAGCAAGUAAGUGUGCGGAAAAAAGAGAUGGAAGACUUGCUAUCUCAGGCCCCUCCAGCCAGAGCAGACAUGCAUGAAGUGGAUGGCAAGCAUGAGGUCAUUGAGAGGAGGUUCCAGGAUCUUCUGGAGCCACUGAGUAAGAAGAGGAAGGAGUUGGAAAUGGCCAAGGCUAGAUACCAGUUGGACCGGGAUCUGGCAGAUGAACUGCUUUGGGUGCAAGAACGUCUCCCCAUUGCUCAGUCCACUGACCAUGGCACAAACCUCCUGUCAGUGCAGCUACUUAUGAAGAAAAACCAAACGCUGCAGAAAGAAAUCGCUGGCCACGCCCCUCGCAUUGAGGAAGUCCUUUCCAGAGGGGAGGGCAUGCCAGCUGGAGCAGACAGGGAUGGGGACGUCAAGGAUACUGAAGAGCGCCUCAAGCAGCUGAGGGAUUCCUGGAGCACUUUACAGGAGGAAAUGUUAAAGAGGCUGCAGCGCCUGGAAGAAGCAAGCGAGGCUCAGCGAUAUUACUUAGAUGCUGGGGAAGCAGAGGCCUGGAUAAGUGAGCAGGAGCUCUAUCUGGUAACAGAUGAGAAGCCAAAGGAUGAAGAGAGUGGCAUUGUGAUGUUGAAAAGGCACCUUCGCCAGCAGCGAUCCAUAGAAGACUAUGGAAAAAACAUGAAGCACCUGGCUGGCCGGGCACAGAAGCUGCUGUCUGCUGGCCAUCCAGAAGGGGAAGAGAUCAUCCGGUUGCAGGGGCAAGUAGAUAAGCAGUAUGCAGGUUUGAAGGACCUGGCUGAGGAACGCAGACGUAAGCUGGAGCACAUGUGCCAACUGUUCAAGCUGAAACGGGAAGUCGAUGAUCUGGAGCAGUGGAUCGCAGAGCGAGAUGUAGUGGCCUCUUCCCCAGAGAUGGGGCAAGACCUCGACCACGUCACUCUGCUACGGGAAAAGUUCCGUGACUUCGCCCGGGAAACGGGAAACAUCGGGCAGGAGAGGGUGGACAGUGUCAGUUUCAUCAUUGAGCAGCUGAUUGAUGCUGGCCACCCAGAGGCUGCUACGAUUGCGGAGUGGAAGGACAGUCUGAAUGAGAGCUGGGCUGACCUGUUAGAGUUGAUUGACACCAGGAUGCAGCUGCUGGCUGCCUCUUAUGACCUGCAGAAGUUCUUCUAUGAUGGUGGUGAGAUCCUCGGCCUUAUCAAGGAGAAGCACAAGGAGCUGCCUGAGGAGCUAGGCCGGGAUGUCAACACGGCAGAGUCUUUCCACAGGAUGCACACAGCUUUUGAGCGAGAUAUCCACUUACUGGGAAUGCAGGUCCAGCAUUUCCAGGAGGUGGCAGCCCGUCUGCAGGCAGCCUAUGCCGGGGAAAAGGCUGUCGCUAUCCAAAAGCAAGAGCAGGACGUGGUGAAGGCCUGGAAGGCUCUGCUGGGUGCUUGUGAGGGGCGGCGGGCUCAGCUGGUUGAUACAGCAGAGAAGUUCCGUUUCUUCAGCAUGGUCCGGGAUCUCAUCUCUUGGAUGGAGGGUGUGAUCUGGCAGAUUGAAAACCAGGAGAGACCCAGGGAUGUUUCAUCUGUGGAGUUUCUGAUGAAAGACCACCAGAGCAUAAAGUCUGAGAUAGACACCAGGGACAAAAACUUCACCACCUGCAUCAAUCUUGGCAAAGGAUUGCUGCAGCGCAAGCAUCAUGCUGCAACAGAGAUAAAUGAGAAGCUGAUGCAGGUGACCGAGAAGAGGAGGGAGAUGGUGGAGAAGUGGGACAGGCGCUGGGACUGGCUUCGCUUGCUGCUAGAGGUGUGCCAGUUUUCCAGGGAUGCCUCAGUGGCUGAGGCGUGGCUUAUUGCCCAGGAGCCCUAUCUGUCCAGCGGUGAUUAUGGGCAAACUGUGGAUGGUGUGGAGAAACUACUGAAAAGACACGAGGCCUUCGAGAAAUCCACAGCCACAUGGGAGGAGCGUUUUGCUGCACUGCACCGUCUGACCACACUUGAAUUACUAGGGAACAGAAGGAUCCCAGAGGAGCCUUCACAGCACCAAGUAGCUAGGACCACAGACCUGGACCUGGACCUGGACUUUGACUUUGAACCAGAGCCAGAACAUGAAACGGGGCCUAAAGAGGAGGCUGAGAAGACUGCGGGGUUGAGUUUAGAAGAUGCUCUUUCCACUGCUGCUGAAGACACAUCACUGGCCUGAUCCUGACUUCUAUAUACAGCCAAAGAGGGUCUGGCUUCCAUGUGAUUUUACUUAGUCCAGCUGCAUCAAAUGAAUGGAUAUUCACCACCCGAUCUCCCUGCUGUUCCUGUGGAGUAUUUCCUGUUCCCUGUCCACAGCUCUGAAAGCUUUAUGGAUCAAGAACUUAAACCUUUAUUGGAAAGUCAUCUGCAUCCAGGUUUUAUUUUUCUGGCAUUUGGCAAACCGUUUGGAAAAGAUCUGCCUAGGGACAGCUUAUCAAAUGCGGCAUUUUUCACAUCAUUUAAAAAAGAAAAGAAAAUUUUUUCUUUCCCUCACAUUGCACACUGUACCUUCUUAAGGAAUCAAUUUAGACUUUGUGUGCACUCACUGUGGAUUCUGCUCAUGGGUCCGGUUCCAGAAUGGGCUACUCAGCCUUAGUCCACUUCCCAGAUUGCUGUACGCCUUAUGAUCCCAGUUGCAUUCUCCAACUAGGGGGGAAUGUAGCAGAUAGUCAACCUGUUUUUCAUGUUAAUGGAUAUAUACCAGGGGCAUUGUUAGGGGGUGAGUCCUGGGGGGAGCUACACUACUGCUUUAAAGCGCUUUGUAACAGUUUUGACAACUGUUGGGGCCCAGGACACACUCCAUAUACAGUUUUCAAAACGUUUUCAAAGUGCUUUAAAGCGCUUUAAAAGCAGUAGUGUAGAUCCCCCCCCUAGGUGGCCCUGGGUUUUUGCCCAUCAGUCUAUCCCCUCCCGCUGCUCAGGACCAAACCAGACAUAUAAAACAGGCGUCAGGGGGUCUACGUUUAUAAUUAAAUUGCUUACACAGUGGAUGGGAAAGAAACCUGUACCCUCCCCAACCUUGCCUGUGAACACUCUGGAGACAUUUUCACUCAGUCAAGGAAAAGCUGAAGACUUCCUCCCCAACCCAAUCAGUUUAGUUUUGGUAUCGGAACUAGGCUGAGGUGAAAAAAAGAAAUGGCAGAAUGCAGGGAGGAAAGGUGUGUGGUGGGGAGGCUGGUUUCUCUCCCAUGCACUCAAUAUGGUCAUAAAAGUAAACCCACCCACUCUCCAACUUUAUACCCAGAUCAGCAAGUGGCUGCUGGGGUCUGAGUGCCUGUCCACAGUGGCUGUGUCAGCGUGGGGGUGCCCAGAGCACACCACUGCACAACUUGAAAGCUGUAAGCUACCACUAGGCUGGGAAAUGAUUAAAUGUACUGAUGUUCUGUUGUUUCAGUGUCCAGAGACAUCGUGGUAUCAAAACAGAAGCGGCUGCCCCAUGGGGAUAGGACGUCAGCACAUUCUGUCGUUUCCUUUCCCAGCGGCAAAUUCAAAGCUUCAGGUCGUACAGUGAGGCAAGGAGGAGGCCAGCAGCAAAGCUGCCAGCUUCCUGAUUCAUUGCAGUUAAAAAACAGAAGAAGUAAAAUUAAGAAAGAUCACCACCCACCAGCCCAGCCAUCUCAUCUCAUAGUCAGGACCCCCACCCACUCAAAUGGAAUUGGGUGUAUUUGCACCCUAUUUACAGUAUUUUUUAAUUUUAUUUGUGGUGGUGGUGGUUGUAUUGAAGACUAUUUGAACAGGGACAAUUAUUAAUUGAAGGGAAAACAUUAUUUUGAGCCAGAUCCGUUGUGUGGGAAAUUAAUCAGGACAAAUGAAGCGAAGAGAGACUGAACUAAUGAUUUGGGACCUGGGGUUGGGGCACAAAUUAAUUGCAGAAUUUAUUUUAUUUGGGAUGGUUUGGAUGGGAAAUUAAUUGGCUUUGGUUGUGAAAUUCAAAUCCAGUAAGUAUUCCAAAAUGUGCAUCUAUACAUAUGCAUAUGCAAAAUGUAUGCCAAUUUGAGUCCUGUGGGCCUGGAUCCUGGAUCUUUUAAGUACCUAGCAAUGCCCCUGGUAAGUACAGUGGAACAGCCUGGUGAAAGAAGAGUGGGGGUAAUUAUACCUACGAAACACGUGGAAUACAUCCUAUAGUUACUGCCCUCUUUGCUACCAAUCUCCUGAGUGACCUUGGGCAUAUUGCCUAUUUCCCUGCUGGAAAAAUUGACUGAUUUUUAUGCUUGUAAAUAGGAAAAGGAAGAUCACGAGGGAGGAGGGUGCUAUGAUAGUGACAUUUCUUUAGAAUAACUAAGGAUUUGAGGUGCUAUACCCAGAAGCUUGGUUUCUGUGUAGUGUUACUACUAUUCUUCUUACAGACAUAAUUCCAAACAUGUCAAAACCAAUUGCUAGGACAAUCCUUUUUAUAUCAGAGGCACCUCAAGUCCCUGGAAGCUCUUUAAUGAUAUAAAAAAAAUGUCUGAGGGGCUCUGUACAUGUGCUUUGGGCUUCCUUUGAGAUGCAGAGUCCUACCUGAGAUAUAUGUGCAAAGGAAGACCUGUAGAAAUACACAUCAGUAUAGGAUGCCAGCCAAAAGCAGCUCCAUGGUUACUUUUCACAGAUGCUGUCAAUAAUCCUGCUAAUAAAUGUGGGAGCCCUCUUUCCCACAUGCCCCUAUUUGCAUGAUGGCUGGGGGAGCUCCAUGGCUACACAAAUAAGCUCCAAACAGGCAGGCAAAAUUCCCUAAGCAACAACAUCAAAAAGCAUGCAAUAAAUGUUAUAUUUUGUUCUUCCUAAAA